UCGCAUUAAUGUCCGUUUACGCUUUUCGGUGGUUUUGUUCGUUGCUUCACUCGCCUUCCCUCCUUUUUUCCAUUUCUCCACCUUACCCUCCAACUGUUCGUUGAAAUGCCUAAGCCAUGCUCUCCUACACCACCGCCACGACCCACCUCCUCCCGCCGCCCCGCUCCUCCCCAAACUUCAUCCCUCGCGCCUCUCUCUCUAUUCUUUUCGUCGUCAAUUCAAGAGCCAUAGCCAGGCAGCGGCGGCGGCUUCACCCGAUGAGCGGGUUUUCUUUGAUUGUAGGGUUUUCUGAGUCAAGAAAACGGUACGAUUACAGUGGGUUGUAUUGUGGGUGUUCUGGGUUUGCGAGGCGGUGCAAAGAUUGGGAUGGCGAGGGGGAUGAUUUCAACUUGGAAGCUGAGAUUCUGGAGUUCAUGAAGAGCUCCAAGAAGCCCGGGGCCUUUCCCAGCAAGAAGGAGCUGCUGGAAGCUGGGAGAGAAGAUUUGGUCGAUGCUAUCGCGAAGAAAGGCGGUUGGCUUUCGUUGGGUUGGGAUUUGGAAGAAGAAGAGAGAGCUCAAGAAAGCAACUUUAAGAAUUGGGAUUUGACAAUGGCGAAAGAAUUCGACAGUGGUGCCUCCAGCAGCAGUCAAAUUGGGGUUUCCGGCGUGGGUUCUUCCAUUCUUGAUGAUUCUUCUCAAGUAGCCUCGUCGUCUGGUAGAUCAUCACUAGAAGCUGCUACAACAGAGGACAAUACUGGCGUUGUAGGUAUAUUGAAUCGAUUGGAGAAGCAGAGAAAUUUAGCACUUGCGUUUGCUUUGGGAGAGAAAGAAGGCAGUGCUUCCUCCGCUGAUGUGACAGUUGCUGGCCUUGUUAGAAGCAGCAGACCUGCAUCAUUAAACCCCACCAAAGCCAUUCUUAACGAUUCAAGAGACAGGCCUAACCACAGCAGUUCUCUUUCAAACAAUGGUGUGCUAACAGACUCACCCAGACCUGACACGUGGAGAACUUGGAGCACCCAUAGGGCUGGAGCUUCGAAUCUUGAUUUUGAAGCCGAUGAAUUUUCAUAUGAUAAAAUGGGACUAUCAAAGGAUGGUUCAAGAGAUGAAAUAUUUCAUGAACCUUAUCAAGGGAUUAAAUUGGAUCCUGAUAAGAAAGGGAUCGAUCACAAGCAAAUAUGUUGUCGGAUUAAGCACCUUGAAUCAGAGCUCUCCUCGGCACUCCGCUCAUUGAGGUCUAAAGCUGAUGAUGCUGCAACACAGAAGGGUCAUGAAAGCUCCUCUGAAGAUGUGCAGAAGCUUUCAGAUACCUUAGAGUUUCAGGAAAAUGAGAUUAUGCAUGCCCAGGACAAGUUGCGGUCAACACGUGCAAAGUUGGCUGUUUUGGAAGGAAAGAUGGCAAUGGCAAUAAUUGAAGCGCAAAGGAUUGUGGAGGAGAAACAAAAGAGGAUUAAUGAUGCUCGUAGGACCUUACAACUUCUUCGUACUGCUUGCAUAGUUUGGCCGAAUUCAGCCUCAGAAGUUCUCAUAGCUGGAUCAUAUGAUGGUUGGACGACCCAGAGAAAGAUGGAGAAGUUGCGUACAGGAAUCUUCUCUUUGUGCCUUAAAUUGUAUCCGGGCAGAUACGAGAUCAAGUUCAUUGUCGAUGGUAAAUGGCGGAUUGAUCCCCUACGCCCAAUUGUUCGCAACAACGGAUACGAAAAUAACGUCCUGAUCAUAACAUAACACACUCAACGGAAGCCCCCCAGCAAGCGUAAGAGGAUAUUCAUCGAGAACAAGCAGCAAUUCUUCCCCAGAUUCAACAUAUAGGCAGUAGAUUUUAACUCGUGAUUCUUUUCAGUCAUGAUUCAUACGUAACAUGGUGUCGUUUUUCCUUUUUCAUGUAAAACCCGAAUUUUGAAUUGUGAUAAGUAAUUCAAUGAGGAGUUUUCCAGGAAA